AUGGCAUCUCAGCAGGGUUUCUCAUUUCCUCCGCCGCCGCCACCACCUCCGCCAUCGACACAGCAGCAGUUUCCGCAGGCGGGCUCGCAUAAUCCUCAAAAUGGAUAUAAUUAUCGCGGCGGUAGUGGUCGGGGUGGUGGAUUUCGAGGACGUGGGCGUGGUGGAAUGAAUCGUGGAGGAGGAGGGCGAGGUGGAGCGGCAUCUUUCCCCAGCUAUCGCAACAAUCAACAAGGGAUAUACAAUGGCGGAUAUACGGGGAUACCGCAGAGCUAUCCUCCUGCAACGCAGAGUUUUGCUGCGCAGACGAUUCUUACUCCCCCCACGUACCCGCCGAGGAAUUACGAUGGACGCUUUCAGAAUACCCCCAACGGGUCGCCGACCGCAACUAUACCAUCGUACACGGGACAUAUACAGUCGCACUCGACUCCCGUAGGAAGUUCUGCGGUAGUCGCACCCCCAAUGCAUUGGGGAUACGAUACCACUGGAGCUGGAGGAUUCUAUCCCGGUUCUACAACCUACCAAUCCCCCCCAACCCACGGACACCCGCAAAACAAUAACUACCAAAACAAAGCCGGACAUAAACGCGCAUUCUCAUCUGCAUUCGAAAAGCCAACCUCACAAGCGCCCCGACCAACAGCAGCCCCUGCUGUGCCGAGUUUUGGUGUCCCUCUACCAGCAAAACCUCCGCAGCCGACUGAUACUUCACGACAAGCUCAAAAGAAGAAGAAACGGAAAUUCAAUCAAUUAGGUCUUACGCCUAAAACUGAGGAACACGAGUCUAGUGGUGAAGAGGAGGAUGAUGCGGAUGAAGAGACUCGAUUAGCCGCUGCGGCGAGUAAUUUAGCUGGUCCUCUUCAAUUUACUUUUCGCGGACGCACUUCGACGUUAAAUAAUGCGGCAGAUAUCCAGUCAUGGAUAGAGGAACGAAAGAAACGAUUCCCUACGCAGGCACGUAUUGAAGAAAAGAAAAAGGCGCAAGAGGAGGUAAAGAAACAACGAGACCUUCAGCGGGAAGAAGCGCGUCGGAAACAGCAGGAAAUCAAGGAACAAAGAGAGCAGGCCAGGAAAGAAGCCCAGGAAAAGAAACAAAUAGGAUCUGACGAUCCCAUGGAUGCAGCUAUUAGAGCGAAAGCUAAAGCAGAGAAACUCCGGAAAAAGUUGUUGAAGGAAGAGAGGAGGUUGCAAAAGGCGGAAGCUGAUGCGGAGAGGGCACGGCUUGUUGCCGAGGCGUCGCAGCAGCUACCGUUAACUACUGAAGAUGCUUCUCGGAAUGGUGAUGCGCCUCUGACGAGAGAACCGCCGGCGAAUACAGACCCUCUUGACGAAAACAUAUCUAAUAUCUCAGAGUCAUCAUCCGAAGACGAAGACAGCGGUGACGACGUCCCAGAAGAACUGUCCUCACGACGCCAGGGUCCAGAGAGAGUUCCUCCACCGCAACGAGAAGGACAUAAAAAACGCAGUAAGUUAUGUCGCGAUUUCCAGCGAAAAGGCAAAUGCCCUCGAGGAGAUCAUUGUCGAUAUUUGCAUGACCUUUCCACUAUAGACGGAACAGAUAAAUCUCGGCCAGUCCCCAAACCUGGUGGAGGUGCUAAACAACCUGCCAAAAGGGGACUGUUCCAAAUGCUUGUCGAACAGGAAAUAAAAGCACGAGAUCGUCAGGUUAUGCAUGCCAUUACCUGGCUUGGAUCACGGGGGAUGCUUGAUGAUCCUCAACCUGGGACCAAUAAUGCCGCUGAUGACACCGUAUCAGUCAUUUAACCCUAAUGUUGUCUAAUUUAUGAUCCAUGAUGUAAUCAAUCUACUACACUGCAGUGCUUGCUUGCUUGCUUGCACGGCGUCACGGUAAUGCGUACGACCAUGUGCUACGUAUACGAUGGCCAUUCUUAUCCAUGUAUUAAUUAUAUAUACGCUAUUACAGAAUAAUGGCAAUCGAAUGAAUUCUGUGGUGGAGUUGGAAAGGGUAUAC